AGAAAACGCGGAAGCGGGCAAGCAGCAUGGCUCCACCCGGAGGGAAGAUCAACAGACCCAAAACGGAGUUGGGCAAGAAACUGUUCAAGCGCCGCCGCGUCCUGCGUCGACAGAAGAAGAAAAGCCCGAUUGUCGGCGCCGUGCUGGACGAAGGCCUCAUCACCGUCCAUCACCUCAAGAAGAGGAACACCAGCCCCCGAGCCAACAUCACUUUGUCGGGGAAGAAGAAACGGAAGCUCAUCAAGCAGCUGCAGCACCUCCGGAAGGACAAAGCCGCAAUGCGAGUUGAGGCUGCAGCUCCUCCACCCAAGAAGAAGAAGCCGCAGAAAAAGACGACGAGCGGCUGUCGGGACGACGUAGAAUAACCACGUAUUCGCGUCAAACCGGAUGUUCUACACGGACGGCCUGCAAAUAUCGUUCGCACGCAAAAGUGAAGCAUUUUCAUGUCAUCGUCAUCCUGCUCUUCAUCACAGCGAACAAGAUUUACAGAAAUAUUGGCGUAUAGCGUAUACUGUAUCGAAAUACAUAUACUGUACAGAUACUUUUAUUUGCAAACAUUGUUUUUACAAAACACAUUUAAUAAAUGUAUUCAACCA